AUGUACUUCACAAGCAUUGUCGUCUCUGCCCUCGCCGCCGCCGGCCUGGCCUCUGCCUCCCCUGCCUCCCGCGGCAGCAAGCGCGGCCCCUGCCUCUCGCAGCCGCCCUCCUCCAUCGGAUUUCCCAUCAACUACAAUAUCUCGUCGGCUAGUAGCCCCUUCGCCUCCUUCCUGAUCCCGCCCAACAGUGUCGGGCCCUGCACGCUCGUCGCCAAGUUCCCCGCCGGCUACCCCGUCAGCACCGCAGGCAACCCCCUCGUGGACUUCGUCGACGUCAACGGCCCCGCCGCCGGCAGCGUCGUCGGCACCGCGCACCUCCAGAGCUCCCCGACCCAGGCGACCAAGACCUUUAUCAACAGCUUUGCUUGCCGCGACGUGAUGGCUUAUCAGCUGAAGCUCGCGCCUCAGGAGGGGAGCAACGAGUGGGUUGCUUUCCAGGAGAUCCAAGGCGUUGGCUUGUUCAUGGAGGUUGGGGACAGCUGUUAG